AUGAAUCCUCCAGCAUCUAUUCGUGCACAGACAACCCAGCCUCCGGUGGAAUAUCCUGUUGUCAUGGCCAUUGAUUUUGGAACGACUUACUCUGGCGUUGCCUAUGCCCUCAAGGCUGAUGGAGAAGUGCACGAUAUCACCAAGCCUCGACAUUUGCAACAAUAUGCAAAGACCCCAACUCUCAGCUUGUACAAGAAAGACUCGCAAAAGAUCUUGGACUGGGGUCAUGCAGCUCGUCUGGCCAUGCUCAAACCUGCUGCCAAAGAUUUCUGUCUGCUCCGAAAGUUCAAGCUGCAACUGGAUGAGACAUUGCACAACGAGCCCUUGGAGAACGGAAUCUCUGCUUUAGAGGCUGUGACACAUUACCUGAAGAAGUUGCAUGGACAUGUGAUGUCAGAACUGAUGAAAGGGUUUAUCAAGAAUUAUGAGCCGACGCAGUUCCAAUACUGUCUGACAGUGCCUGCGAUGUGGUCGGAUGCUGCCAAGAACACGAUGAGACGGGCCGCGAUCGGUGCAGGCUUGAUCCAGGAAGGAGAUCCACCCAACCGAUUGAUGUUGAUUUCAGAACCAGAAGCUGCUGCCAUGUACUGCGAGAGGAUGGUGGAUCGAUUCUCACUCAAGCAUGGAGAUCGAUUUAUGAUUUGUGAUGCCGGCGGUGGAACUGUGGAUCUAAUCGUCUUUGAGGUAGAUGAGCCCCCAGGCAAGACUCGUCAUUUGCGUGAGGUGACUCGCGGCCAUGGUGCGUCCUGUGGAUCUGGAUUCCUGGACGCUAACAUGGAGCGAUUGUUGGAACGCAAGUUCAGGAGAUAUCGCCGAGGCAUCAAGGGAUGCGGAUGGGCAGCGUUAAUGGAUACAUUCGUAGAUAUGGUCAAACCCAUGUUUAAUGGGCAGGAGGAUGUAUUGAUGCAGAUUCCGCAAGCUACGGGUUUGGAGGACUUGAAUGACCCCGAUAUCGGUUUAGAAGACGGAGUACUUUGCGUGUCUGUUGAGGAGAUGAAGGCAGAGGUGUUUGAUCCUGUGAUUUCAGAUGUGCUGGAUUUGAUCCAGAAACAGCUUCAUGAGAGUCGACAGUCCUGCGAUGCCAUCUUCAUGGUUGGAGGGUUUGGAUCAUCCCGUUACUUGGAGGAGCGUGUCCGCCAUGAGUUCUCACACCUUGUCCCUCUGAUUGCUGUUCCACAGCGUCCUGAAUUGGCAGUGGUCCGUGGUGCAGUCUAUGCAGGAUUGAACACAAAGACAAUCAACGUGCGUGUGGCCCGUCGUUGGUAUGGAGUUGAUGCCAACAUGCCCUUCGAAGAAGGUGUGGACCCAGAAUCCAAGAAGAUUAUCUCACAUGACGGGCAUGUUCGCUGCAAGGAGCGUUUCUCGGUCUAUGUUCGCCCAGGCCAGCAGAUUGGGGUGGAUGAAUGUGUCUCGAAGGAAUAUGUGACUUGGUCUUAUCCUAAGGGCCUCGAUUCGCCUCUCUAUGUCUGUAACUCGCCCACUCAACCAAAGUACAUUACAGAUCCUGGAGUCCAGAAGAUUGCAGACUUCCAUAUCCCUAUGCCAGAAAUCCCAGGCGCACAGCCUCGCACUCGAGUUGUUUUUAAAUUGAACAUGUACUUUGGUUUAACGGAAGUUCGCGCAGAAGCAGUGAUUAAUGGAAACACAUACAUGACCGUCUGUUCGUUUGGAGGACCCAGAAGCCAAUAA